CAUCUCUGUCGCAUUUUAGCAGCCGACGCGCUAGCAAAAAAAAAAGGAAAUAAUUUUCUCAAUUUUCCACCAGCAAUACGCUUGUUAAAGGUGUAAAAUAAAUGCUAAACAUAUUAUUGAAUGUUUUAGUGUGUGUCUAAUAAUAAUUUUUAUAAAAAGUACGCGUAUUUGAAGCAAUCACUUGGCGUGUAAUUUAUUAUUUGCCGACUGUGCACACGCUUUUGCCGCCGCCGCUUUGUUGUUUUGGCGCCCGAUUUUGCGACGCGCACGAAAUUUUGCGUGCAAUUGUAAUUUAGCUGCGUUGUCUUAAAAUGGUGGAUCGCAGUGAUAAUGCAGCGGAAUCCUUUGACGAUGCCGUCGAGGAGCGUGUCAUUAACGAAGAGUACAAGAUAUGGAAGAAGAACACUCCAUUUCUGUACGAUCUAGUAAUGACGCACGCUCUGGAAUGGCCCUCGUUGACGGCACAAUGGCUGCCAGAUGUGACGAAGCAGGAUGGCAAAGAUUACUCUGUGCAUCGCCUUAUAUUGGGCACACACACCUCGGAUGAACAGAAUCAUUUGCUAAUUGCCAGCGUCCAGUUGCCCAGCGAAGAUGCACAGUUCGAUGGCUCACACUAUGACAAUGAGAAGGGCGAAUUUGGUGGUUUUGGCUCAGUGUGUGGUAAGAUCGAAAUUGAAAUUAAGAUCAAUCACGAAGGCGAGGUGAACCGUGCACGCUACAUGCCGCAAAAUGCGUGUGUCAUUGCAACCAAAACUCCAUCAAGUGAUGUCCUCGUCUUUGACUACACAAAACAUCCCAGCAAACCUGAACCAUCCGGUGAAUGUCAGCCCGACUUGCGAUUACGGGGACAUCAAAAGGAGGGAUACGGCCUCUCGUGGAAUCCCAAUUUGAAUGGUUACUUGCUCUCGGCUUCCGACGAUCACACCAUCUGCUUGUGGGAUAUCAAUGCCACGCCUAAGGAGCAUCGCGUUAUCGAUGCCAAGAAUAUAUUCACUGGCCACACGGCCGUCGUUGAGGAUGUGGCCUGGCAUUUGUUGCACGAAUCGCUAUUUGGCUCGGUGGCCGAUGAUCAGAAACUUAUGAUUUGGGAUACAAGGAACAACAACACCUCAAAGCCCUCGCACACCGUCGAUGCACACACUGCCGAAGUCAAUUGCUUGAGCUUUAAUCCUUACUCGGAGUUCAUAUUGGCUACUGGAUCUGCGGAUAAGACGGUCGCAUUGUGGGAUUUACGUAAUCUUAAGUUAAAACUACAUUCCUUUGAGUCGCACAAGGAUGAAAUCUUUCAGGUUCAAUGGUCGCCGCAUAAUGAGACGAUUUUGGCCUCAUCGGGCACCGAUCGUCGCCUGCACGUUUGGGAUUUAUCGAAAAUUGGCGAGGAGCAGAGCUCCGAGGAUGCCGAGGACGGCCCACCAGAGCUGCUCUUCAUUCAUGGUGGCCAUACAGCCAAAAUCAGCGACUUCUCCUGGAAUCCCAAUGAGCCAUGGAUCAUUUGCUCUGUAUCCGAAGAUAAUAUCAUGCAAGUCUGGCAAAUGGCCGAGAACGUCUACAACGAUGAAGAGCCCGAGAUACCCGCCUCCGAUCUGGAAACCAAUACCGCUUAAAGCAACAUCAGUUCAAGUUUUUGGCAUCCCUUUCCUACCCCAUAAUAAAGAUAUAUAUGUAAUGUUUUUUGGCAAAAGCACAACGCAAGCUUACCUGGCCGCGUGUACUCAUAUUAAUUUAUAAACAUAUUGUUAAACUUAAGUUCCCAAUUGUCUACAAAAAUCUUGCAUUAAAACAAUCUGAAGACCAACUAA